AUGCUCCGGCGAUCGGUCGGAUUCCUUGGCGUGGCCCGCUCCUUGGCCACAAGCUCGACUCAACAGGCGAAGAUCAAGGUCAAGAACCCGGUGGUCGAUCUGGAUGGCGAUGAAAUGACCAGAAUCAUCUGGCAGGAGAUCAAGGAUAAGGUAAAGCUAGAGACCUUUCUGUGAUAAUUUUAAUCUAAAAGGUCUUGUCAUCUUUGGCCAACGCAAUUUUUUAACUAAUUUUUUAAUAGAGAUCAAGUUCGAUUUUAUUCCCUAAAGUGAAUUCCUUUCAGCUAAUCCUGCCUUAUCUUGACAUCGACAUCAAGUAUUACGAUCUCGGCCUUCCAAAUCGAGAUGCCACCAACGAUGAAGUCACCGUGGAAGCAGCUCAUGCCAUAAAGAAGUACAAUGUUGGAAUCAAGUGUGCCACGAUCACUCCAGAUGAAGCUAGGGUCAAGGAAUUCAAGCUGAAACAAAUGUGGAAGAGUCCGAACGGAACCAUUAGAAAUAUUUUGGGGGGAACUGUCUUCAGGGAACCGAUUCUUUGCAAUAAUAUUCCUCAGCUGGUGCCUGGAUGGACUCAGCCCAUUGUUAUUGGCAGACACGCUUUCGGAGAUCAGGUAAAACAUUUGCAAUAGUUGUGUUACUUGAGCUUAACAGUAACAGUUUUCAUUUUAAUCUUAUAGUACAAAGCAACAGAUCUUGUAGUUCCAAAAGGUUCCAAAUUUACCAUUAAAGUUACAAAACCUGAUGGAUCUAUUGAAGAAACGGAUGUAUUUGAAUACAAAGACAGCGGUGGCGUCCUUAUGGGUAUGUACAACACAGAUGAGGUGAGAGAAUAGCCUUUCUCGAUCAAAUUGUUACAAAAUUGUAUUACUUUAGAGUAUCCAAGGAUUUGCCCUGUGCUGUUUCGAAUACGCCUUAAUGAAGAAAUGGCCUCUAUAUUUGAGCACUAAGAAUACGAUCCUUAAGAAGUAUGAUGGACGAUUCAAGGAUAUCUUCCAGGAAAUUUAUGAGAGGUUUGUUUUGAUGCCUAUUAUAAAUAAUUUGGUGGUAAAAAUUGAUGAUUUUGAUGGAAAUUACUAAUACCUAUGUUUCAGCCAAUACAAGGAACGAUUUGAAGCCGAGAAGAUCUGGUAUGAGCACCGUCUGAUCGACGAUCAGGUAGCCCAAACCUUAAAAUCCUCAGGCGGUUUUGUCUGGGCCUGCAAAAAUUAUGAUGGAGACGUCCAAUCCGACAUUGUAGCCCAAGGAUAUGGCUCUUUGGGACUAAUGACAUCGGUCUUGGUUUGCCCGGAUGGAAAAACAAUCGAAUCCGAGGCUGCGCAUGGAACGGUGACCAGACAUUAUAGAGAAUAUCAGAAGGGAAAUCCUACCUCAACCAACCCGGUGGCGUCGAUUUUUGCGUGGUCAAGAGGUCUCACUCACCGAGCCAGCUUGGAUGCGAAUGAUCAGCUCCAAAAGUAAGACUUUUGGGGGGUAAUGAAAAUCUGCCUUAGGUGGAGCAGUCUGAUUCUUUGAACUAGCUCAUAUUUUUGAUUCCAGGUUCGCCGAGACGCUGGAGAAAGCUUGCAUCCAAACCAUUGAAGGCGGCAAGAUGACUAAAGAUCUGGCCAUUUGUAUCCAUGGAAUCAAAGGAGCUCGCCAAGGAACCUAUCUCCACACCGAGGACUUCCUCCUUGCCGUCGACUCAAAAUUGGCCGAAUUAAUGAGGGAAUAG